AGUCGGACAUAUUGGUCAGUGUUGUGGCGUCGGCCGGGGAGGGAACGUAGACGUCUCCUGAACUAUCAUGUUUCUUUAAUAAAUUGCCCAGGUGGUGAAGCUACAAAUUAGCAAUGUAUAAUUUGUGUAAGAUAACCCACCCAGCCUUGGGGGUGGAGUUGUCCAUGUAUUGCAACUUCUUCAACCACAGAGAGAAAUCUCUCGUCGUCGCUGGAGCCAACAUUAUCAGAGUGUUCCGAUUGGUGGCUGAAGUUCCAACACGGUCAAACAAAAAAGAUGACAGAACAUUAGGGCCUGCUGAUAACACUCCUCCAAAGGUGAAGCUAGAGUGUAUGGCAACAUACAAAUUGCACGACAAUGUGGCAACAAUGGCAUCUGUGUCACUCUCACCUUUGCGAGACUCGGUACUUCUGGGUUUUCGGGAUGCCAAGUUAUCUCUGGUGGAGUACGACCCAUAUAACCAUCACCUGAGAACUGUAUCACUUCAUUAUUUUGAAAAGGAAGAUAUCAGGGGAGGAUGGGUUCAAACUGUGACUCUCCCAUUGGUUCGAGUUGAUCCUGAAGGCCGAUGUGCAGCAAUGCUGAUAUUCGGAAGGAAAAUUGUUAUUUUACCAUUUCGGCGAGACCUCACCACAGAUGAUAUCGAGUAUAGCACAUCACACACUAGAGGUCCAGUCCUUCAGUCAUACAUUAUUGACCCUAAAGAUUUUGAAGCACCAAGUAUUGAUAAUAUUAUAGACAUGCAGUUUCUCCAUGGAUACUAUGAUCCAACACUCAUGCUGCUUUAUGAACCUAUAAAGACUUUUCCAGGGCGAGUCGCAGUACGUCAUGACACAUGUGCUUUAGCAGCCAUCUCUCUCAAUAUACGACAGCGUCUUCAUCCUGUAAUAUGGUCACUGUCAUGUCUUCCACACGACUGUCAAAAGCUUUUACCUGUGCCCAAGCCUAUUGGUGGUGUGCUACUUUUUGCAUCCAAUUCUCUCACGUAUCUCACUCAGUCUGUUCCUCCAUAUGGUGUGUCACUCAAUUCUAUGGGAGACAAGAAUACAAAUUUCCCAUUAAGAAAGCAAGAGGGGGUGGUGAUCUCAUUAGACUGUGCUUAUGGAGAGUUCCUCACAGAAGAUAGAGUCGUCAUCUCUUUAAAAGGAGGAGAGUUGUAUGUCCUCACCUUGGUGGCAGACUCCAUGCGAUCUGUUCGCAGUUUCCACUUUGAUAAAGCUGCAGCAUCAGUAUUAACAUGCAGUAUGUGUGUGUGUGAAGACCAGUAUCUGUUUUUGGGAUCUCGUCUAGGAAAUUCUCUCCUCCUGCGUUACACUGAGAAGGAGUUAAGUGAUGCCAUGCGAUCUAGAAGUAAUGUUCCGACUGAUCAAGAGCCUCCAACAAAAAGGAAGAAGCUUGAUACAUUAGGCGAUUGGAUUGCCAGUAAUGUUGACGACAUUAGAGACGAUGAUGCACUAGAAGUAUAUGGGCAUGAAGAUACCUCGACUGUCCAGUUAGCCUCAUACAACUUUGAGGUCAUGGACAGCUUAUUGAAUAUUGGCCCUUGUGGUGACGUGGCAAUGGGAGAGCCGGCUUUUCUAAGUGAAGAGUAUGAGAACUCUUUGGAUCCUUGUGUGGAAUUGGUUACCACCUCAGGCCAUGGCAAGAAUGGAGCCUUAUCUAUCCUUCAAAGAUCUAUCAAACCACAGGUGUUAACAACCUUUGACUUGCCUGAAGUGGAAGAUAUGUGGACACUGGUGGGGAAAGCAGAUGAGCGUCGGAGAAGAGAGGGUGGCAUCCAGGACCACUCGUACCUCAUUCUCACUAGGUCAGACUCCUCUCUCAUCUUACGUACCGAGGAAGAGAUAAAUGAACUGGAGGAGUCGGGCUUCAACACUACCUCACGGACCGUCUUUGCUGGUAAUGUUGGCAACAACAGAUACAUUGUUCAGGUGACAAGUGGGGGUGUGAGACUUUUGGAAGGUACAGUACAGCUUCAACAUGUUCCAGUUGAUGUUGGGGCUCCCCUUGUUGCUGCCACGUUAGCUGAUCCUUACCUGGCAGUCUUAGCCAACGAUGGCACUCUCAUGAUCUUCACCUUGGUCACAACGCGUGCACUGCCUCCGAGACUUAUAACCAGUAGGCCAGUCAAUACUGGGAAAUAUCCUAUACAAACUAUAUGUGCGUAUUGUGAUGUCUCGGGCCUGUUCACAACCCAGUACCCACAGGAUAGAGAAAAGGAUGCCAAAAUCUUCAGAACAGAUGCAGACAUUAAAAAGGAGCUGGAUGAUGAAGAUGAGAUGCUGUAUGGUAACACAGACAUCUCUGUAUUUGAUCCUCCAAAGACCUUUGAUCCUCAGGCUGGCCAGGAAAAGAAUCAAAACAAUUGGUGGAAAAAAUGGCAAAAGGAAGUUCGUCCAACAUACUGGCUGGUAGGGGUGAGGGAGAAUGGUACGCUGGAUAUUUACACCCUUCCAGAUUUCAAGCUUUCUUACAGUGUCAGAACUUUUUGGGUUGGUCACAGGGUUUUAUCUGACAGCAGCCAAAAUAUUCCAGUGCCUGAGAUUCCGACUGCUUAUGAUAAUCCUCCUGUUGUCCAUGAGGUGCUGUUGGUUGGAAUGGGUAACAGGAACCUGAGGCCAGUGCUGUUGGCAAGAGUUGAUGAAGACUUGCUCAUGUAUGAAGUGUUUCCUUUUUAUGAAAACUUAACCCCUAUGCAGCUCAAGAUUAGAAUGAGGUUAAUUGAACACAACUUGAUCUUGCGUGAGAAACGCUCUAGCAGGAAUAAGAAGAGGAUGGAAGAAGAAGGGUUGCAAGAGAAGAAGAUUGAUAGAGUGUCCAAGUUGCGCCCCUUCAGCAGCAUUAGUGUAUAUAGCGGGGUAUUUAUAUGUGGCCCAUACCCACACUGGAUAUUCAUGACUGUACGAGGGGAGCUGCGUUACCAUCCUAUGAGUGUCGAUGGUUCUGUCAAGUGCUUUGCUCCCUUCAGAAAUGUCAACUGUCAGAAUGGCUUUCUGUACUUUAAUCGUAAGGAAUCUCUGAGAAUCUGUUUGCUACCCACAAUCCUGUCCUAUGAUGCUCCCUGGCCAGUGCGCAAGGUGCCUUUAAGAUGUACUCCUCAUUUUAUUGUACAUCAUUUAGAAACCAAAACUUACUGUGUUGUCACUUCAAGCUCAGAACCAACCCUCAAGAUCUGGAAGUUUAAUGGAGAUGAUAAGGAAGAAGUGAUCGAGGAGAGAGAUGAGCGAUUCAUACAGGUGCAGGCGCCCACAUUCUCCAUCCAGCUUUUUUCUCCUGUGAACUGGCAGAUGAUUCCCAACACGGACUACUACUUGGAACCUUGGGAACACAUUACUUGCUUCAAGAAUGUUAUCCUGGCUUAUGAGGGAGACAGAUCAGGUCUCAGGGGCUACCUUGCUCUUGGCACAACAUACUGUUUUGGUGAAGAUAUUACUUGCCGUGGACGUAUCCUGAUCUUUGAUGUUAUUGACGUAGUGCCUGAGCCAGGUCAGCCACUCACCAAAAACCGUCUCAAAAUGUUGUAUGAAGGAGAACAGAAGGGACCAAUCACAGCCAUAGCCCACUGUCGAGGACUCCUUGUGACAGCCAUCGGACAGAAGGUCUAUAUAUGGCAGUUGAAGAACACAGAUUUGGUGGGCAUAGCGUUCAUAGAUACCCAGAUAUAUGUGCACCAGUUAACCUGCAUCAAGAGCCUCAUUCUUGCUGCUGACAUCUGCAAAUCCAUUCUUGUGCUGCGGUUUCAAGAAGAGAACAGAACACUCUCUCUGGUUUCCCGGGACUUGAAACCUCUCCAAAUCUAUGGUAUUCAGUAUCUUGUGGACAACACUACCCUGGCCUUCAUAGCCAGUGAUGCUGACAGAAAUUUAGUGGUGUUCACAUACAAUCCAGAAUCACAUGAGAGUGCCGGUGGAACACGCCUUAUAAGGAAGGGAGACUUUCAUUUGGGUUCUCAUGUAAACUGCUUCUUCAGAAUUAGGUGCAGAGUCGGAGAUGUAUCUAGUGACCGUCGAGCUGGUCAGAAUGUUGAACGACGACACAUCACUAUGAUGGCUACACUAGAUGGUUCAGUCGGCUACAUUUUACCAGUUAGUGAGAAGACCUAUCGAAGAUUUUCUAUGGUGUAUAACCUGUUGGUUCAACACCUCCCUCAUAUUGCUGGGUUAAAUCCAAAAGCUUGUCGCACAUUCCAAAGUCGUUAUAAGCUCAACACCAAUCCGUCCCGUUCUGUUUUGGAUGCUGAGCUCAUCUGGUCGUUUCUUCACUUGCCUGCUCCAGAGAAGGUUGAGAUUGCAAAGAAGAUUGGUGCAAAAGUUGAUGAUAUAAUUGAAGACUUGAUGGAGAUUGAUCGGAUGACUGCUCAUUUUUAAUUUAUUGUAUACUGCUGAAUUGAAAUAUAUUUUUUCAUCAUGUGUAAUAGCUUACAUCUUGAAAGUGUUCACAAACUGUACAGGAAAGUUCAGAGGGACCCAAAUAUUAAUUGUAAUAUAACUUUAAAUUCAUAGUGGAGCACUCCUUUCAUACGAUAUACAUAAAAUCAUCACCAUUGUUUA